GAGGAUCUCUGUCCGUAAGUUUACUCUGCCCUUUGCGGGAGAUGAGAUUGAGCUUCACAAACCUGUCGGGAGCCGACCAGGAAACGGGAGGUAACUUCGCUAGCUUCACUGAAACCUGCUGAAUUCGGGAUUGUCCACGGGUCAUGGCCUCUUCUGUCUAGUGGGCUUUUUGGCGGAUUCCCGGGUUGCGCGCUCGCGGCAGAGCGGACCUCGCGGUGCGACUCCAGGCGGCUCUGAAGGAAACCAUAUCUGGUCAAAGUAUUCGUUGCUGUCACCCGGCUGGACGUCCGACUAUAAAUAGCGCUGGAGGAGGUUUCUGCGUGUCCCAGGAGCACAGCAGGCACUUGGCUGCCUUUGCUGUUAUCUUUCCCCUGAGCUGGGGGUGACUGAGAUAUUUAUUUUCUCAAUCUUCGACAUUUUGUCUUUUUGUGCGGAGGGGUUCUUGAGGCGUGCUGUCCAUCAUGUCGGUGGUGAGGAAAGAGAUGGAGAAGUACAGGGAUGUCGACGAGGACGAGUUGCUGAAGAAGCUCUCGGAGGAAGAGCUGCAGCGGUUAGAGGAUGAAUUAGAGGAGCUGGAUCCUGACAAUGCACUAUUGCCAGCUGGGAUGCGGCAAAAGGACCAGACUAAGAAAGCUCCGACGGGAACGUUUCAGAGAGAUGACCUCCUGGCCCAUCUGGAGAAACAAGCCAAGGAGCAUCCUGACAGAGAAGACCUGGUGCCGUUCACAGGGGAGAAGAGAGUGGACCCCAUUAUAGAGAGUGUGACUCUGGAGCCGGAACUAGAAGAAGCCCUGGCUAGUGCUACUGAUGCUGAACUGUGUGAUAUUGCAGCCAUCCUGGGCAUGCACACCCUGAUGAGUAACCAGCAGUAUUAUGAAGCCCUGGCCAGCAGCACCAUAGUCAACAAGCAAGGCCUCAACAGUGUGAUCCAGUGCACCCAGUAUAAACCAGUCCCAGAUGAGGAACCCAACUCCACUGAUGUAGAGGAAACUCUGCUGAGAAUAAAGAGGAAUGACCCUGACCUGGUCGAGGUCAACCUCAACAACAUCAGGAACAUCCCCAUCCCGACUCUGAAGGCGUAUGCUGAGGCUCUGAUGAAGAACACUGUGGUGGAGAGGUUCAGUAUUGUAGGAACCCGAAGCAACGACCCUGUAGCCUUUGCCCUGGCGGAGAUGUUGAAGGUGAACACAACACUUAAGAGCCUGAACGUUGAGUCCAACUUCGUUACAGGGACUGGAAUCCUGGCCCUCAUAGAGUCACUGCAGUAUAACACCACACUACAGGAGCUCAAGAUAGACAAUCAGAGCCAGCCACUGGGCAACAAGGUGGAGAUGGAGAUCGCCAGCAUGCUUGAGAAAAACACCACACUUUUGAAGUUUGGCUACCAUUUCACCCAGCAGGGGCCACGCCUCCGAGGCUCCAACGCCAUGAUGAGCAACAACGACUUGGUAAGAAAGAGAAGGCUUGAGGGAGGGCCCAUCAUCCCUAAGUCUCGGACAGAUGUGUAGAAACCACGGCUACCUUCAAUUUUCUGUUCCUCUUCGACCUCCAUCAUCUUUCUGAAACCUCGUCUCAUAACCGUCUUCACCCUCAAACCCUCUGAAAUCCAACCCAAAAAACCAUGACCAUCUGCUUCGGUUUACUGAGGUUCAGAAAACAUUUCAACUCUUUCUGCUUUCUAGACUUUUUUUUAUCAGAUACUAGAGGAUCCAAAUAGAUUGAUCAGCAGUCACUGUGAGAUUUCAGUGCAUCCAGAAAGUGAGAUUUGUUCUUUGUUUGUGCUCUACAGUUUGUAUUUCGACUUGGGUUCUAGGCUUGGACAAACAAUAUCUGAACUUUUUGAAUCCUUUAAUAUCCUGUUAAGUGUCUAGAUUCUUUAAUAAAGGGCUGGAGGUCAGGUUUUGGAUGAGGGGCCCAUUUGAAGGGUUACGGGCCUCGUUUUAGCAAACCCUGUCUUUACUGAUGAAUGAAUUCUGAUUAUUAUUAUUAUUAUUAUUGUGCUGUAAAUGAGUUGUGCUGUCAGUAGUUGAUAUCAGCAGUUUUUUUCAGCUGCUUCAAUGCUGUCUACUAAUUUUACACCUAAGCUGAAGUACCAUUUUAAUUUUAAACAUCUUGAGAAAUACUAUAAUAUCAGAUUUUCACCUGGAUGUUAUAGCCUUUGUCCUGUUCAGUCUAAAUAGCAUUUUCAGGACUCAGACACUAAGCUAAUCAGAUCCUUCAGUCACUGACAGAUUUAUAAACCUGGCUACUGUGAGAUUUGUUGCUGUAUAUUUAUUUGUGACAGACCUGGGGAAGAGUCAGAAUCCAUUCAAAUGCUUGACAUAACUUGAAUUGAUUGUGCUGCAUAGUGUAACUAUUGGUGUGAAAUGUUGCAGUAAAAACAUAAACACCCUGAUUACACUUUACAGUGUUACAUUAUCCAGCAUUUUUGUUAGUGGUCUCUAUAGAGAAAUCCUGCUAACUGCAUAUGGCAACUGCCUAUUCAGGUUUUGUUUACUGAAAGCAAAAUUCUGUGGAGCCACUGUAAAAUCUUACAAACACCAUCGUGUUAUUUACUGUAAAAGUAAAUGUCUACCAUCAACUAUGUAAGUCAGAAGAACCUGCAAGUAUUUCAGUGGACUUGUGUUUCACUUUCAACCAGGUCUGGUUUGUUGAUUAUUUUUAUUUACUGGAGCUAGACAGUGUGCUUUAUGACAUGGUUGGUACUGUUGACUUACUGUUUAAUAUAAGUUUCACAUUAAAACAGCUCAACUCAGGUUUGGAGUAUUUCAGUAAUGGAUGUUAGACACAAAUUUAAAACUAGACAGCACUCAGAGAGUGCAACCUCCACCAAGGGCAAC